AGUCUGUUUGUAAAAAAACGGUUUGACUGAUUAAAAUAAAUCACGCGAUUAAGUACAAAACCAAAUUACCAAAUUAGUCUCCAUACAAAUCGGGGGUUAGCCAAUUAUUUUCAUUACUUUUAUUAUGAAUGUAUGAAUGCCAAUUUGCCAAACAUGAUAAAAAAUUACGGUCAUCAGCGGGAUUAUUUAUCCCUUAUCCAAAUUAAUGACGCGUAGUCCGAUAAAUUCCUUUUUUAGUCAACCUUAGUCAAACUUUCACUUUAGUUUUAGCCUUUUCGAUACCAAAUUCAGUCAUGUAUGCGAUUUUAAUAUUGUAAUACAGGACGAAUACAAGUUUAAGAAUCGUUGCACGUGAAAAUCUUUUUUUCAUCUUUUUUUUCCCUUGAUGUUUUCGUCGCCAUUUAUUUUCGCAAAUUCUUUCUUACAUGAUUAAUAUUAAUUUAUCACAUAUUCUUUUAUAAUAAAGACAUAUUGUCAAUAACAACUUCGAAAGAUGUCAUCACUUACGAGUCCUUCAAAAAACCAACAAAAACUUUCAACUUCAGAAAAUGAAUCAUCAAUACGUGAUAUUACACACAUAAGAGUAGAUAACUCCUCUACUCCUUCCUCCUCUCAAAAAUUUUCCCUGCCGCCAACCGAGUAUAAAAAUUCCAAUGUACAUAAUGCCAUGUUGAAAUGUAACCAGGAUUAUGUACAGAAGUCCAAGAUUCUUAUGAGUCUUUUGGUCGACACCUCUUCAAUCCUUAAACUAGUUCGUGAAACUAAUAAACAACGAUGGGAUUUACAUUAUCCUUUUGUUGGUAUUAAAAGUACUCAGACACCCGGUUUAAAAUCUUCGUUGUAUAAUGAUAGAAAUCACAGGUCAAUGAGUAAAUAUAAGCAAAAAGUUAAUGAUCGAUUGCACACUCCUACCGAUAUGUCAUCUUCUCAAGAAUUUAACUCAAAAUUAAAUGUGCUUAAGCUUGAUUUGAAAAGGGGGGACACAUCUUCUGCUGAAACCGUCUUUGAAGACCUGGAUAAAAGCGCAAUCGCAACCCUGUUGGAUGGUCGCUUAGUUCAAACAGAAAAACGAUGUGAAAGUCUUCACGCACGAAUUUCCGAUACUAGUUCUAAAGUAUUGGUUGCCGGUGAUGUAAAUGCUGGAAAAAGUACAUUUGUAAAUGCACUUCUCAGGAAAGAAGUAAUGCCAGUCGAUCAACAACCAUGUACAACUUUAUUUUGUGAGGUGCUUGAUGUUCAAGAAAAUGGUGGUAUUGAAGAAAUACAUGCUAUCAAAGAUAUUACCUCGUAUAAAAGAACAGACGUCUCAACGUAUACUGUUAUCGAAUGGAAAGACUUAUACGACACUAUUGUUAAUAAUGAAGAAUCAGGAGAGUACACUCAAUUGAAAAUAUAUACAAAAGAUCGUCGAAAUGCUCAAGAGAGUUUAUUACAUAAUGGAGUAGUUGAUAUUGCAUUGAUCGAUUGUCCUGGAUUGAAUAGGGAUACACUCAAAACAACUGCAUUGUUUGCUAGACAAGAAGAAAUUGACGUUAUCAUUUUUGUUGUCAGUGCAGAAAAUCAUUUUACCUUAUCUGCUAAAGAAUUCUUGUCAAACGCUUCUAAAGAAAAGGCCUAUCUCUUUAUAGUUGUUAAUAGGUUUGACAAUAUUCGACAUAAAGAAAAAUGUAGACGAGCAAUUUUGGAACAAAUCAAAGAAGUUUCUCCACGUACUCAUGAAUAUGCAAAAGAUUUGGUUCAUUUCGUUACUUCAACAUCCAUAAAGAUCGAAAAAGAUGAUGAUAAUGUUGGUAAUAUGUCUCAUAAAUUCAAUACAGCCGAUCAGAAUGACAAUGAUACAAAAAGUAUAGAAGAAUUUUCUAAGCUUGAAGAAUCGUUACGUACAUUUGUGUUGAAAAAACGAUCAAAAUCAAAACUUGCACCUGCUCAACAUUAUCUCGAUAAUUUGGUAACUGACAUCGGUGUAUUAAUUGAGUUUAACAGAAACAUUGCCCAGCAAGAGAAUGAUAAGGCAAACAUGAAACUUAAGGAAGCGGAACGUGCUUAUAAUAAGUUGGUAUCUGAUCAAAAGUCAUCUGUCGCAACUGCUGAAAAAGCAGAAACCCGUGUAUGUGAAGAGAUACAAACUUUUACUAGAAAUUCUUUAGAAAAAGCUAUUGAAAAUGUUGGUAAAAAUGUUUCAUGUGAAUUUAAUGGCUUAUUAUAUAUUUGGGGUUAUGCAAAUGACCUCCGUGAUUCAAUGUUAGACGAUAUUCAAAAAGAAGUGGUAGCUUCUGAAGAGAAUGCUAAAAAUAAGACUGCUCAAUGCAUUAAAUUAAUCCAAGAUCUUGGAAAAGAUUUAGGAGAAGUUAAACAAGUUAACCUUGAUAGAAUGUAUACUAAGCCUGGAAUGUCUAUUUCGAUUGAUAUUGAAAUAUCUGACUUCAUUGAAUUUGAUUUAAAUGAAAAAUUUAGUGAAGGAUUGGGAUUUGCAGGUUUAGCUGGUGGAGCUGUUAUGUGUGCAGCAACCAGGUUGGAUGCCCUUUCAUGCUUGUGGAAAUUAACCGGUUUUGUAGGCUUUAAUAACAUGCGAAGAUUAGCUCUGCCAUUAGUUGGACUAGCUGGAUUUGGUAUUGUUACCUAUAUACUUUUUGAUGCUAAACAUGUAAUUUCUCGUAAAGUUGCACGUAAAAUUCGCGGUCAUUUGAAACGUUCAGACUAUGUGAACAUUGAAACCAAUCGAAUCGUGAGACAAGGCCGCAAAAAGAUAAGAAAGGUAUCAGAUAAUCUUCGAGACCAAUUUAGAAAAGCCGUGGAAGAAGAAGAGACAAAGCAAGUUGCACAACGUAUAUCAUACAAGAAAUCAGAAGAAGCUGUCAAAUUCUUUGAAAAGAUCUUUAGCCAGACUGAACAAGUGGCCGAGUGUUUGGAAGACUUUCUUGGUAACAAUGAAUGGGAAGAUUACGAGGAAAUUCCAGUUUCCAAUUAAAUAAUAUAUAUUGUUAAAAAUCCUAUAAUACAAUCAGUUUAAUAAUUUGAUAAAUACAUUUAUUACAUCAAUAAUUUUUAAAAAAUGUUUAUUUAAAACUUAUCUUGUAAAAAAAAAAAAAAAAAAAAAAUCUCGUGUAAGAACAUAUUCAUAAAAAAAAAAUAAAGUUACCACUUUAUACCAG